AUGGAGGCUGCAGACCAAGUUGUAGAAGAGAUCCUCGAUCAGGACGAGGAAGAAUCCUUUUUCCAAGAUAUUGAUCUACUCCAAAACCAUGGUAUUAAUGCUGCUGACUUAAAGAAGUUGAAACAAGCUGGUAUCUGUACCGUGAAAGGCAUCCAGAUGACAACAAAGAAGAAAUUGUGCCAAAUUAAAGGAAUCUCUGAGGCCAAAAUGGAGAAGAUAAAGGAAGCAUCUACAAAACUCUGUGAUCCAGGAUUUCUGACUGCAUUAGUAUAUGCAGAAAAAAGAAAGAAUUGCUUCAGAAUAUCAACAGGAAGUAUGGAAUUGGACAAACUAAUGGGAGGUGGUGUUGAAAGCAUGGCCAUCACUGAAGCCUUUGGCGAAUUCAGAACAGGCAAAACUCAAUUGUCGCACACUUUAUGUGUCACUGCCCAGCUGCCUGGAGCAAAUGGAUAUUCUGGAGGGAAGGUGGUCUUCAUUGACACAGAAAACACUUUCCGUCCCGACAGACUGAGGAGUAUUGCGGACAGAUUUAACCUUGAUCAAGAAGCUGUCCUGGAUAAUGUCCUCUAUGCAAGGGCAUACACAAGUGAACAUCAGUUCGAGCUUCUUGAUUUUGUUGCGGCAAAAUUCCAUGAAGAGAUGGGAGUGUUCAAAUUGCUGAUCAUUGACUCCAUCAUGGCCCUCUUCCGGGUCGACUUCACUGGAAGAGGAGAACUUGCUGAUCGACAGCAGAAGCUUGCACAAAUGUUAUCCAGAAUUCAGAAGAUAUCAGAAGAAUACAAUGUUUCUAUCUUCAUCACCAACCAGAUGACUGCUGAUCCAGGAGCAACAAUGUCAUUCCAGGCAGAUCCUAAGAAACCAAUUGGGGGCCAUAUCUUGGCUCAUGCAUCAACUACAAGAUUAUCACUUAGAAAGGGACGUGGAGAAAUGAGGAUCGCAAAAAUAUACGACAGUCCUGAUCUGCCGGAGAAUGAAGCCACAUUCGCAAUCACUCCAGGUGGUAUCAACGAUGCCAAGGAAUAG